UACUGACUUUAACAAUAUAAUUAUUCGCUAAAAUAUAUGAAUGAAUGAAUAAAUGAAAAAUGAAACAACUUAAAGCGAUUAUCGAAGAUGUAAUUGUGCAAUCAAACAAAAUUCAGCCAAUUAUUGUAAACUUCCAAAAUGGUGAGCUUAAGGAUGAAGAAGUCAAGGAGAUAUCAUGUGGCUUGUAUCGCGAGCAAAAAGACAACAAAACUGUAUUGGCUUUGUCAAAUGGACAUAUUGUUUACAAAGGUAAUAGACCAGAUUGUAAGAAAGAAUCAACCCGGACGAUGCUAGUACUUCAUAAUAAAAAGACUGGCAAGGUUCGGUUAUUUGAAGCCGAAAGAUGGGAAGUAGCACCAGUACUUGAAAAACUUGACAAUGAGGACAACAUCAAUGACGUGGACCAUAAGAUUACAAUACUGAAUAAACAAUUUGGAUCUAAGAAAAUCAAACGCAGAACAGAGCAAUUUGAGAAGCUAAAAGUGAAUGUCGAGAGUGUUAAGGAACAACUCGAAAAAACAGUAUCAAAUGUUGAAAUCAACAGGAUAGAUUUAUCGAGUCAAUUACCAAAUGAUGACUGCUUAAAUGCGAUACUGCCUGUAUGUAACAGGAAUGCGAGUAAUGUCAAAGAUGUAUACAAUAUAUAUGAUAUUAUUCCUAGGAGUAAAUUGGAAAUGUUAUAUGAGCAUGCAAUGAAGAUUACUGACGAAGACAUGAAAGAGAAGGCAGAAUUUUUCAAACACACUUUAAGAAUUAUGCAAUCGGAUCCUGACAAAGUAAACAAAAUCGCCCUUUUGCUUUAUAUUGAAAUGAUCAAUGAAUGGUUUGCUAUGAAAAUCACCAGAAAACGCGACAUUGUUAUAUGCUCGAUUUCCGAGGAAGUGAAUCAACAUAUUAUCGAUAUGUACAGUGUAUCCGGUCCAAAUGGACGGAUGAGACCAAACUUUAUGACAGACAAAGGCCUUGUACACAGCUUGAUUCUCGCACUGACGAUAUCAAAUUUCACACUGGAUUUGGAAAUGUUCCGAUUUAUGUUCAAAAAGCGAACGAGUCUAAAAAAGCUAAUGGGUCUCACGAAACUUAUCGGGGCGGUACCCUCUAAAAAUGAUAAGAAAAUCAUCGUGCUUAAAGUUCCGAUGCCAGCACCAGUAUCUCCUGUUAAAAAAACAAAAAAAUCAGUGAAAUCUAAUCAGUGACUUUUUUAAAUUAUAAAUAGUCUUAAUAUGUGUGUCAAUAUAGAGAUUAAUUAUUUUAACAU